AUGCAGCUAAACGGAGCUGGUUAUUGUAGCAGCUUUGUGGACACAGAUGGCUACCAACAUCUUGCGGAGCAAUGUGGCUCCAGGUACUGCUGUGGAAACUGCAAAAGAAAAUACUGCUGCAGUGACAGGAUAUACUAUUUCAGUCAAGCAAAACAAGAACGCUGUCAAGGAAGUUAUCCUAGCCAUAAGAAAACCAACCGCACUGCUAUAAUUCUGGGAAGCAUCAUAGGGGCUGGUUUGCCCAUUCUCUUCUGUGUGGGUCUCAUCACCUGCUGUGUGGCUCCUUGCUGCUUGUGCUACAAGAAGUGCCGAAAAGGACACAACAGAAAUCCCCAAACUGCGAGAUUCGUCACCACCGUAGUCAAUGUGCCCCAGCAGCCACUCGCCCCCUCCGGAUACCAGCCGUCCUACCCAGGCUACCAGCCCGUACCUGCCCAGCCUGGAUAUGGAGGCCUGCCCAACCCUACAGCCCCACCAUCAUACAUUGAAGCCAUCAAUCCAGUUGCAAUACCUCCAGGGCUGCCGAUGCUCCCCUUCCCCGGUCAGCCUUAUGCACCACCACCACCUCAUACAGAUGAAUUUGCACCACUGCCCUACAACCCCUCUUAUGGUCCAAAUCCCUAAACAUGUUUGAAAACCGUGGUUUCUACACCAUUUCCACAGGAAUGUUAAAUGUGAGGAUGACAUUGUGUUACAAUUUAGUCGAUAUUUAUUCUGAGAAUUCUGUAUUCAUUCACAUUUUCAGUUUAUUCUUGAGAUACUGAGGAGUUUUGGGAUUUCCUUCUGAUAAGAAACUGUGGUGUCAUGAGAACUAUUCUGAAACUCUAUUGAAAAUGCUAAGCCUUUAACUACCACAAGAGGUCGCCUCUGCCCUGCUUUUAUUUUGUGAAGAAAAGAGAAACAAUGUAAUACUGCGUGCUGGAGCUACCAGGUCUUGUUAUCGAGCACUGUUGUUUAACAUGCAAGACAAUAACCCUAUGACUUUGUUUGGUCUCAUUAUGAUUAAGCAUACUUCACGCAGAGAUCAAAGAUUCAAAUCACAGGUAUUGUAUUUAACCACUUGAUGUAAAUGACACAUGUUUGGUUGUUCUUGUUCAAUUUUAGGGAUGACUGAAGACCAUAAACUAUCACUGGGUCAUCAUCUGAUACCUUUUUAAUUACUGUAAUAUGAGUUUUUAUUUACUUUAUGAUGUUUUGACUCUAUACUCAGCAACACACUGAGUGUCCUUUUAAUACAUUUAAUAUUUAUUUUCCAAUAAUUUUGAAUUUUUCAAAGCAUUGUGAGAAGUUGUGAUUGGUCACUAUUUUCAGAAUUCUUACAAACCAAUUGAUUAAUUAAUUGAGAAAAUAAUCAGCAGAUUAAUCCAUAAUGAAGUGAAUCAUUAGUUGCAGUCCUGUUCAAAAAAAUAAUAAUUAGCUCCACCUAAACUAACUAAAAUAGUAAAAUCCAGAUUUUCCAGUAAAAAUAAUUAAUAGUAAUAAAGUAAAAGUGAUAUAAUGUAUAGGCCUAAAAGUUACAGUCAGGGGGAAUUGUUUUGCAUGGAAUACUUUUACUUAAUACUUUUAAGUACAUUUUCC